CCUUCCUAAAUCACUCAAUUACCAUUAUAACCUUAUCAUGCCGUUCUCAGGUUCGGCCUCCCUCCAAACCUUCGCGCCACAGAAUGACGGGUUCGGAACGAACACGGAGCAAAUUCCGAUCGAAGAUGCGGCGGCAGCGGCCUCGCCGCCGAUGACGGACGCCGCUGCGGUCGGCGUCGACACGGCGGACGACAUGGACGACCGGAGGCUCAGGCGGAAGAUCUCCAACCGGGAGUCGGCGCGCCGGUCGCGCGCACGCAAGCAGCGCCACCUCGACGACCUCCGUGCCCUCGCCGCAAGCCUGCGGGGCGGCCGCCGGGAGCUCGCGGCGCGCGUGCACGCCGCGCGUAGCCGCGUCGCCAUCGUCCUCCACGCCAACGACGAGCUCCGCGCCGAGGCGGCCGCCCUGAGCCGACGUCUUGAGGUGGCGGCUCAUCGCGCGCUCGCCCUCAACCAGCUGUACGCCGCGGCCGCCGGUCUCGGGGUCGGGACGUUCGAGCAGGCCGCUGCCUCGCUGAUCGCGUGGAGCUGACGUGCAUGCAUCAUGCACGUACGUGCUGGUGCACGGGUAGGGUCUACGUACGUUCUCAGCUGGUUGUGGUUGGCCAAUGGUAAGGAGAAGGCACGACCGUGGGAUAGGUAGCUAGCUUUUAUCAGUCCUGAAGUGAGUGUCAAAGAAAAAAGCUUUCGGUCCUGAAGUCUUGUGAUUGGGUAGAUAUAUCAGUCACCAAGUAAAAGAACGGGACACAAUGGCACGACUAAUUCGUGACCAAUGAAGGCAUAAAAAAAACGUUGGAAUGUAAUGUUAUUACUAAACCAAAGUCUAAACCUUGUGUC